UUGCAAGUGUGGCCCAGAAUCAGUUGCAAGUGUGGCCCAGAAUCAGUUGCAAGUGUGGCCCAGAAUCAGUUGCAAGCAUGGCCCAGAAUCAGUUGCAAGUGUGGCCCAGAAUCAGUUGCAAUUAUGGCCCAGAAUCAGUUGCAAGUGUGGCCCAGAAUUAGUUGCAACUGUGGCCCAGAAUCAUUUGCAACUGUGGCCCAGAAUUAUUUGCAACUGUGGCCCAGAAUCAUUUGCAACUGUGGCUCAGAAUCAGUUGCAACUGUGGCCCAGAAUCAGUUGCAACUGUGGCCCAGAAUCAGUUGCAACUGUGGCCCAGAAUCAGUUGCAACUGUGGCUCAGAAUCAGUUGCAACUGUGGCCCAGAAUCAGUUGCAACUGUAGCCCAGAAUCAGUUGCAACUGUAG